AUGGAUUACAUAUUGGCUGAAGAUUGGUUACAUGAGGAUACUGAUGAGGGUGAAGUAACCGAUGGAGGAGGAUCACUGACCUCUCAGGUUAGCCCGCCAUCCUGGCACAGAGCUGGCUGGAGCUGGAAGCUGUCCACUCUGGAGAAACAUGCGCAUUUUGAGGGAGAUCGGAGAAGAGGAAGUCUUGACCCAAAUUCUCAACUGUGCUACGAUAAAAUCCAGAGGCGGAACGAACUGGGUCAUCCUGUGAAGGCAUUGUCAGAUUACGAUUCUUCGCGAGAACUAGCAGGAGAAUGGAUUUAUCACUCCACAAGAGGUGGCGUUACGUUCGAAUCGAAAGUAUAUGAACUCUUACCACCUCGGCGUAUUGGGCGGUGAAAAUGUCAGAGGCGAACGAUCCAAUGGUUUCCAAAACGCUGAGAGUUUGAAAAAAUUGUCUGGAAAAAAUCAACCAGGUAAUAAACGAAUUGCUAACGGAAUCAAAUAAAAAAAACGCUGCAAAUUAUUUCA